AUCUAUCUAUCUAUCUAUCUAUCUAAUCUAUCUACUGCACAGAGCAGUAUUUAUUUAAGGGGAACUCCAUUUCAAACUGUGAUCUAAUAAAAUAAAUCCCUCACUGAUUGGACUUCUGGUGACAUGUGACAGUUAUSGUUAACUCAUUACCUGGAAGUGUGACCUCCUCCACACCUGGGAGUUCUCGGUGAAGGUUAGGUUGGCUCCUGCUCCUCCGCGUCAGAAAAGCAUCAGCUUCAGAUUUCYAUCCUUGGUGAAUUAUUUUAUUUUMUUGUAGAAAUGAACAGAAAGRUGCUGCUUAGAUGGCAGAAACUCWUUUUUUUACUCACAGUGCUUCCCUGCUGCUGGAGUUUGCAAGUGUCCAUUCCAAACAAAGAAUACAAAGUUGCCAAGGGGGGAGAAGUUACUUUAAUCUGUUCUUUUGUUCCUGCUAUUCCGGUUACAGACAGUUUUCUUCUCUCAUGGGAGGCUUUCCCUGAUGCUAACGGAGAACCAAUGAAAACUGUGGCGAACUCCUUCAUAAACAAGCCUGUUGGAAUUUCACCAUCUUACGAGGGCCGAGCCUUCCUGGAGGUUGACAUUCAUGGGGGMACAAGUAAACUCCGCUUAACCAAACUGACCAUGAAGGACAGUCGUACUUACCAGUGCAGUGUCACAAUAUACGGGGAUGAYCAUGGAACAACACUUGCUGCCACUUCCCUUUUGGUCCUGGAGCCUCCUUCUCCACCAGUAUGCACACUUCAGGGACGAGCUGAGUAUUUUCACAAUGUUACACUUACCUGUGAGUCCAAGGAGGGGUCCCCAGCACCAGAGUAUCAGUGGACAACCUUCAGUGUUGAAAACGUUCCCAGACAAUUUCCACCCAAGACAACUCAAAAGGAUGGAGUUUUAUCUCUUUUCAACAUUUCAAGAGAGACGUCUGGGUUCUUUAUUUGCGUAUCAAAAAAUGAAAUUGAUUCAGCCAGCUGCAACUUUACCUUAGCUGUGAUGCCUGCCAGUAUGAACCUUGGGUCCACUGCAGGUAUAAUUGGGGGAGUCCUUGCAGGUGUGGUGGUUCUGGGGAUUAUCUGCUUUUGUUGCUGCAGGAACAGAAAAAAGAACAAGCACAACGAAGAUUCUCCUGGAGACAUGGAGUUUUUUGACAAAGAUGGUCCAGAAGCAGGAGACCAGUACUGCGAUGACAAGUCAAACAAUGAGGAGAAACAAGUCAAGCAAGAUGAAGGCAAAGAUGUUCUUCUUCAAAAUAAAUACAGAUUGCCAGGAAUGAGACAAGAGUUGGAUGAUGAUCAGAACAGCUAUAACAGUAGUAAAAACAGGCAUGACGAGAGGGGCAGUGAAAUAGAUUCUCAGCCAUAUCAGGAAGACCGACAAAAUCGCUACAGAGGAAGUCAAGAUCGACUCGAUGACCGCCGUGAUCACUACGGAAGUCGUGAUCGGCUUGAUGAUCGACAAGACCGUUAUGGAAGUCGCGAUCGACUAGAUGAUCAACGCGACCGUUAUGGAAGUCGCGAUCGACUAGAUGAUCAACGCGACCGUUAUGGAAGUCGCGAUCGGCUUGACGACCGGCAAGACCGUUAUGGAAGUCGAGAUCAUCUUGAGGAUCAACGUGACCGCUAUGGAAGUCGUGAUCGGCUUGACAAUCAACGUGGUCAGUACGGAAGUCACGAUCAGCUCAGUGAUCGACGGGUUCACCAUGGAAGUCGUGAUCGGCUUGAUAAUCGGCAAGACCAUUAUGGAGUUGGCCGUGAUUACAGUGACAGAAAUUGAUAGUAAUGGUUAUGAGUUAUUGACACUCUUCCUGAAGCUAUGGAAGGGCUUAUGGUUAAGACAAGAACUGUGUCCAAAUUCAGAGGCUGGGUCCUCCAAAGGCCAAAUUUGUCGGCAGCUUAUGUCACAGCGCUGUGCCGGAGGCUGUCCAAAUCCGAAGACUCCUCCAACGCGGCCGACAAAUGCGUCCUUCUUUUGCCCUAAUUUGAAGGACUGGGCCGAUGGAUCCUUUUCGGCCCAGCAUAUCCCAUGACGCAUUGUAGAAAUAAACAAGACCAGAAUUUUUAUUCUGCUUGUAAUGGUGGACAGAGCAAGAGAAAGGAAUACAAUUUUAGAAAAAAUAUGGCAAUAUAAAAAUUUAAAAAUUUAAGCGGUUGUGUUGUCAAUGAUUUUGUAAUGUGUAUAAUAACCAAGCACCUACUGCAGGUUCCUUAGUUCUUCAAAUAUUACUUUCAAGUUAAUUUUAUUGUUUUGUGAUCUUUAUAAUACUAAUAUAUUGAUUUUUUUAUUUCAAUCUAAUUUUGCUUCUGUUUAGCACCGGGGUAAGGACGGGAAACUAGACCGUCCAAAUUCACAGCCACUCAUUUCUGGUCUUCGCGGUCUACCAAGGACCCGGCCUACCUAGACCAGGAAGGCUAGGUCCUCGACCCAGCCUCUGAAUUUGGACACAGCCAAGGUCUGGGUUAACUUACUUUAUCCCUGUGCCUUUUGUGCUGUGUGGUGAGAGAAGCCUUUUUCCCAACUUGUCAAUCAGCAGUCUCACUGAGUUAAAGUGACACCUCCUCCAAGCAGCAAACCUUUUCUCCAUAACAUAGAAGAACUUUAGCCAGCUGACAAGGAGUGUAUUAACUCUGCACCGCAUGGCAUUUCAACCCUUUUCUUUGAUCUGUCACAAAAACCAGUCCAAGUGGCAACAACAUCUAAACAUUAGUUGUUAGCAUUUUUUUAGGCCUGAAAUUGAAAUUAAACUAAAAAGGGGAGCGGUCCUCCUCUUUGGGGACUGCACCUCCCAUUUUGAGGACCAYAUUUGAUCUGAUUUGUGUUUAAAACUGAAUGCUUUCAUGCUUCCAACUGUAAAUAAAUAUUCAGAAACUAAUUAUGAUGUUGCAACUUUUUAUCAUUUACUGUACAUGUAUGACUGACAAUGGUUAUAAUUGCUAAUUUGCUUUGAAAUGCACUGUACUCUACAAAUUCCAAAUCUUUUGAGGCAAAUUUCUUUGGAGAAGUUAGGAUCAGUUAAUAUUCUACCUUUUUAAAUGAUGCAGAUUUUAAAUGGGAUCAAGAUGACUAAUCUGGUCACAUUUGAUGCUGUUUCUUCUAACAGACUGUUCAAAGUACUAUUUACAACAGCUAAGAUAUUAAUUGCUCGUAACUUUUGCACAGGACUCCACUAAGGGGCCAUUUAUAAAAUCUUCUUUUUUUCUAUUAAUUAUUGUGUGCUAAACAUCCUUUAAAGUGCCUUUUUAUAUUGAACCUAAUAAAAAUGAAUUAAAGACAA